UCAUCGUCGUGGCCCUCGGUGCCAUCGCGAUGGAUGAAUAAGAGAAGAACAAAACAGAGAAUUUGAUUUUCCUAUCCGACGUCGCGCAGUAAGUGUUGUUCUUUUCUCCUCGCACAUAAAAGUGCAUUUUCACCAGCAUCAAAGCAGGAAAAAAUCCAUUUCGUCUCGUGAACCAACUUUGGCUCGAACCCAGCUUUUUUUCCAGAUCUCGAUAAGCCAUGACUAGCACUCAAACGGGAAGCAGCCUACAACUGGCGCCUCUGCGCUCGGUGAACGACUUCCUCCUGGAAUCUGCCCGCUUCCAGCUGCCCAACUUCCAGGACUUUGAAAAGUGGGGCAACCGGGUGGUGAAGAAUCUGCUUUAUUACCAAACCAACUAUCUGCUGAUGAGUGCCGCAGUGUUUCUGCUGGUCGGGCUGAUUCACCCGUACAAGGUGAUUCUAGGCCUGAUGGUCAUCAUGGCACUGUUGUACGUGUUCGUGAAGUUCUUCACCGCCGAGGCUCGCCGUUCGUUUGGGGCGGCGAGUGGCCAGCAGCCACAACCGAAUAAGUGGGCCGUGUUGGGAGGUGUCCUCGGAUGCUGCUAUCUGGUUCUGUUCAUGUUCGACGCCGUUCUUAUCGUGAUGUUUGCUGUGCUGCUGCCGUUCUCACUGACCUUCGUCCACGCUUCGCUGCGAUUGCGAAACAUCAAGAACAAAAUAACCAACACGAUCGAGGUGGUUGGCGUGAAGCAAAGCCCGAUGGGUCAGUUUUUGGAAGCAAUGGGCCUGAUGCCCGAGGCGUUCUAACUCAUUCGAGAUCUUCGCAUAGCCAUCAGACGACGGUUGCUAGAGUGCUCCGAUAAGCCAUCCAAAGUACGUUAACCAAACUUUAACUGUAAGCUUCGAUAAGACGUCGUUACUGUUUUCUUAAAAUUGUUGGACAAACUGGAAAGGAUCUGAACAACCCAUAAAGAAAUCAAAUACUUGAUUUGUUUGAAUGUAUAUAAGCAUCAGUUGUAGGAAGCGCAGUUAAUAUGCAAGGCAGCAAUCAUUCACUAGUCGUAAAACCUUCUUCGUGGAGGUACACACAUAUGUUUAAAAAUGUUUGUCUUUUCAGAGUAAAUUUAAAAGCUAUAUAAUUGAACAUCACUAAAAUAUAUUUUGAUCGAGUUUAAAA